AUGCCGCUCUCCACCUACCUCGUUCAGGCGUCCAUCGCGGUGUUGUUGGUCAUCUUCGGGAUCCAGAUGCAAACGACUGCUGCCCAGGCUACGCCGCUGACUUGCAAGAACGUCGAUCAGCCGAACCCCAUUUUCAGCCAAUAUCCGAACAAUGCGACCGGUCUUUUGAACGUCACCAUGACCAUCAUCCCGAUUUCCAUGGCGACAGCGCGCCAAAUCAUCCCGCAGCAGUAUGGCAUUCUCGAGAGCGUCUAUCGGGCGCUCAUGCCAAACUUCCCCGCCGACAUGUAUCCGGUUAUCGUUCAGGCCGGCCACGACCACGACAUUCGUUUUCAGGACUUUGGAAUUCCCGACUUCAGUAAAGCUGGCUUUGAAUUCCCCUUCCUGGAUCUCCUGGACGACGGCGCAUCGUCUUUUCGGUGGGCUCCCGAGCAACUGAUUUCGGCCACCAACCCCGCUGCUGUCGUCGGCUCCCAAGCGUACGGCACCGAAGUCCACGCCGCCACCUUUGCCCCCGAAUGCAACGCAUACUCGGCUGCUCCUGGAGGCGGCACUUCAUUUAACGGCACCGCGGGUGCCAAGUACAUGUCUCUCGAGGUGAAGAUGUCUUCGUGCGGAGGCAAAGCAUUUCCCUACACUCUGGCAAUGUUCGACGCCAUCGUCAACCAGCCCAUCUUCGCCAACGGCUCGACCUGCGACCAGCAGAUCCGCCUCUUCAACACCUCUGUAACCACCGGAGCCUUCCAGCCGGUACCAGUGCGCGGGACGCUCAAGUCCAACCUCGGACCGUUCCAGGCUGAUGUAGCAUUCUCCGACGUGGCUGGUUUCCAGGCUGCCACGCCCUUUAUCGAAAACAACUAUCUUCCUUGCGAAAUGUUUAGAGGAUAUAAACCCGCCAAGACUACUUGA